GCGAGCGAGGCAAGGGAAGCAAGCAAGACGAUGGGUAUAGUAUGACUAAUGAGAUUGAGAGUGUAUAGUGAUAUUCCUGAAUCCUGAUUCUUUCAUUUUCCAUAGAUUAGCGAGCGAGAGAGAGAGAGAAUGGUUCGGGAAGUAUCAGAGAGUUGCGUUGAUAGCUUGUUGACGGAGAUGGUGGCGUGCUAUUGCAAUCGAUUCUAUGCCAACAAGCCUGAACUCGCCGCACGCAGGAUCGAGGCCAUUGGAUAUCAGGUCGGUCACCAGCUCUCUGAAAGGUAUACCAUGGAGCGGCCUCGGUUCACGGAUCAUCUCGAGGCCAUCAAGUUCAUCUGCAAGGAUUUUUGGUCUGAGCUCUUCAAGAAGCAGAUUGACAACUUGAAGACAAACCAUAGGGGCACAUUUGUAUUGCAAGAUAAUAAAUUUCGCUGGCUUGCACGGAUGUCAAUUGAUCCAUCCACUGAUAAUGUUAGUCCACUUGAAGAUAUUACUUCACCUACAGCUGAAAGCAAGGCAGCACAAGCAAUGAGCAUGCAUCUUUAUUUCCCCUGUGGGAUCAUUAGAGGAGCUCUUUCCAACUUGGGAAUUCCUUGUGCAGUUUCUGCGGAUAUAUCAAACCUUCCUGCAUGUUCAUUUGUGGUCCGUAUAAAAGCUUGAAGGGUUCAUAGCUGUAUUACUGAUGGGAGGGGAAGCAUUAACAUUGCUUUGAUGUCUGCAAGCUCUUUUGUCGUAAAAUGCUCGAGUGGGGAAUGUUUCUUUACGAGAUUUAAACUAUAUUAAAUGUUGUUGACUGGGCUGUGUAGGAAGGGCUCCUGAGGUUGUAUUUUGAUAAAUGAGGAUUUGGUUCUUUCAGAUGCAGAUUCUAUGGAGGGUACGAUAAUAUCGAAUUAUUGUACUGUGGAAAGACUCGGAGAAUUCCUAUCAUUGUAAUGUUGUUGCUCUUGUAUGGAAUGAAUGUUAACCUUUUAAAACUUGUACCACUUAUUUGAUCGCCAAUUUGAUCGAGCCUGGCUUUUUUACAA